UCAUGCUGCUGCCAAGUCCAGAGUCUGUCAUGGGUCCCUGUACGGCCUCCCAUUGCUGCUGUCUCCAUCGCCACACUCUGCUGCCAUGUGCCACUUUCAGGUCUCUUCACACUGCUGGUGGUGUGUUAAAUUUUUUGACAUAGGGUGCAGGCAGAUUACGGGCCUCACAUAGCUGCUGCCAGGCCCCUAAUCUGCCAUGGGCCCCUAUAUACCGCCUCCUCAUGCUGCUGCCAAGUCCAGAGUCUCUCAUGGGUCCCUGUACGGCCUCCCAUUGCUGCUGUCUCCAUCGCCACACUCUGCUGCCAUGUGCCACUUUCAGGUCUCUUCACACUGCUGGUGUGUUAAAUUUUUUUGAC